ACAAAUUCGUGGUGGUGCCUUUUUUUUUGCUAUAAAUUCUGUGCGUGUAUUCGAGAACUUAUCCUCCGCCAACCACUUUUAUAUCGUGGGGACGGACGAGCGAAGAAAACUUCGUUCUUUUAGCAUUUUGUUCCUUGGUCAUGGGUACCUUUAAAAAAGAGAAGAACCGGAUCACCCGUGAGGGUGUGAAUAAGAAGCCUGGCAACCUUCGCGUGAAAGGUGAAAACUUUUACCGUGAUGCCAAAGAUGUUGCCAAGGUGAAUAUGUACCGGAGCGGAAAAGCAAAGUACGAUGCUGCCGGAAAAAUUGUCAAGGAUGCUGCUUUUCAGUCGAAAGAGGUCCCGAAAGCUCGCGUUCAACCAGACCGUCGCUGGUUCAACAAUACACGCGUAAUCUCGCAGGAUGCCCUUACCCAAUUUCGAGAGGCGUUGGGUCAAGCUGAGAAUGAUCCCUAUCAAAUUCUUCUCAAGCGCAACAAGAUCCCCAUGUCUUUGUUGCAAGAAAACUCCACAAUCCCUAAAGUCCGCGUCAUUGACUCUGAACCUUACGACAAGACGUUCGGACCUGGUGCCCGGAGGAAACGUCCCAAAUUGGCCUUUAGUUCCAUCGAUGAACUCGUAGCUGGUUCUACGGAUAAACAGACGGCAUACGAAGAAAAGGAAGAAGAGCGGUUUAUGAUGAACCAGGACGCCUACAACGGUGUUUCUACCGCUGUUCGCGAUGCUAUCUUCAGCAAGGGUCAGUCUCGACGCAUUUGGAACGAGCUGUAUAAGGUCAUUGACUCUAGUGAUGUCCUCCUGCAGGUUCUGGAUGCUCGUGAUCCCAUGGGUACUCGUUGUCGCUCGGUUGAAAAAUAUCUCAAGAGAGAAGCUCCCCACAAACAUAUGGUGCUUGUUUUAAACAAGAUUGAUCUUGUUCCUACGUCCAUCGCGGCUGCUUGGACUAAAAUUCUUGGAAAGGAGUAUCCCACGAUCGCCUUUCACGCUUCCAUUACGAAUCCUUUUGGAAAGGGUUCCCUCAUCCAGUUACUCAGACAGUUCUCGUCUCUGCAUUCGGAUAAGAAGCAGAUCUCAGUUGGCUUGAUUGGCUAUCCCAACGCCGGCAAGUCCAGUGUGAUCAACACUCUUCGGAAAAAGAAGGUUUGCACGGUUGCCCCUAUUCCCGGUGAGACCAAGGUUUGGCAGUAUGUUUCUUUAAUGAAGCGCAUCUUCUUGAUUGACUGUCCUGGUAUUGUUCCUCCCAGUGCAUCCGAUUCGGAUGCCGAUCUUCUUCUCAAGGGUGUCGUCCGUGUGGAGAACGUUAGUAACCCUGAGGCGUACAUCCCGGUCGUGCUUAGUCGGUGUAAGCAAGCCCAUUUGGAGCGUACUUACGAAAUAUCUGGCUGGUCCGAUUCCAACGAGUUCUUAUCUAUGCUCGCCAAAAAGGGUGGCCGUUUGCUGAAGGGUGGUGAGGCCGACGAAGCCGCCGUCGCUAAGAUGGUCUUGAACGAUUUUAUGCGUGGAAAGAUUCCCUGGUUCGUUGGUCCGAAGGGCCUGUCGUCUGCCGAACCUGCUCGUGAGUCAGAGGAGGUUACUGAAGAGCAGGAGCCUUCAUCAGAGAGUCAAGCUUCGGAAGAAGAAUGGACUGGCAUUGGUGAAGAUGACGACGGUUCAGCUUCUGCUGCUGCGGCAAGCGCAGCGGCGGUCGAAGUCAAGGAAUGAGUGUUUUUGUCUUUAUGCUUUUGUUCUUUCGGUUUUUUGGAUAUGAAAGGGUUUCAUUGCUGGUUUUCUGUUUCAGUUUGCUGUCAAUGACGGCGCGUUAAUGAUGUAUAUUAAUAACAGGUUUUAUUAUUCUCUUUUAA